CCCUGGCCAUUCUGCUGGCAAUUGUGUACAUCCAGCUUGGUGGUGAGGAUAGCCCGUCCCCAAAUCCCCCGAAUAUAGACAGCCAUCAGGGAGAAUCCUGGACUCACGAGGAGAGAUGGAUCCCAUGAUUUUUUUCUAGUGAGGAAGAAAAGGACCCACUCUUCUUGAUACUAAUGAAAGGGUGAAAAAGUGUUUCUUUUUCUUGGUUAAAAUACUACUGCACACCCCAUCAACAUUCUGUCCUGUGCUGUGUGUUGCAGAGCCUGGUAGACCGGCCCUCAAUCUGAGAUUCCUACAGGCUCAUAAACUCUAAGUUUAUGAAAUCCAGGUACCACAUUGGUCAACUCCAGAAACCCAUUUAACCACUCUGUGCUUCAUAUUCGUUAAUCUAUAAAAUGGGAACAACACUACCUGUCUGUAGGGCUAUCCGGAGGAUUAGAUAUAUUAAAAAGCACUUUAAAGGCCCUAUACGUUCCAGAUGGACAGUAAAGAUAAAAUACAAACCAUUCCUGAACUAACGAAUAGCUGAGGUUGCAGAUCUCCAUCAGACAUGAGUAUAACUCACAGACAACUCUUCUAAGAGGACAGUACUUAAUAUCUAUGGGGCAGCCCCCAUCUCUGCCCCAACAUUUAUAAAUAAAGUGAAUUUCAUUCACUAUGGACACCCAGAGUCCCACACUAACUCUUUCCUUCCCGUUUCAGGAUGCAUGGACAUCCUCAGCUCAGUUUCCCAGGAAGGAAGGCGACUAAAGUUAAUCUGUACUUUGCGGCAUAAGAAAGAAGAGGCUGAGGGGGUUACCGUGUUUUUGUGCAAGGAGAGGCCUUGGAACUGUUCCCCGGAGACCAGCUUGGAGCAGCUGAAUCUGAAACGCUAUCUUGAAACAGAUAUUGUCAGUGAAAGAUCAUCUCAGUUGGUGUUCACUAUAAACCAAGCCACACCCUCAGCCAGUGGGACCUACCAGUGUUGCACCAGAAGCCAGAAAUACGUUCAAGGUCAUUUUUUCUCCAUUUUAGUCACAGAGACAGGGAACUACACAGUGACGGGUCUGAAACAAACAGGACAAAAUGAGCUCAGCCAUAAUAAAGGCCCUAUCAAUUCAAGCUUCCUGCAAGAGGUCUGGGCGAUGCUGGUCAGCAGCCUGAUGGUCCUUCAAGGUACGUUCAGAUAACCCUUCAACACCCCAAGUGAUGACAUCUAGGUUAUUUUCCACAAGUGUGGAAAGGAAGCCAAGUGGGAAAGGGAAAUGCUCCUCAACCCCUGGCUGCCCACAGGAAAGCAUCGAACCAAUUGAGGGCAAAAGGGACUAAAGAUUUCAUACUAACUAGGGAAAGAUGGGUGAAUCAGACUUUCCUUUGGGUAGGAGGUCAGACUCAAUAGGAAAGACCUGUGGGAGAGGCAAGUAAAUAGAGCUGCUUCUAUUCCCUAAAUGAACAGAGGGCUAAAAGUUGAGGCCACUGUGUAAAAACAAACGGGAAGAGACAAGACGUGCUCUAGAGGAGAGAUUUGAACAAUGCAGCUCCUCGGCAAAGGCUGAUGGCCAGACUGAGUAUAUUCAACACUUCUAGCUCAGUCCUCUGAACAACAUUUAUCAUAUCAGGGUUUUUCCCUAUUAGACUGGAACUAACAAUGCUUUGCCAUCACAUUUUUGCAUAAAAAUCAGAUGCAGGUUUUUGCCUGUCCUUGGCAUUCUAAUUCCACUUUUAUUUAGGCAUUCCUCAAAUCAAUAAAUAUCCACCACUGGUUGGUUGUCACCAGAAUGUAAGCUCUAUAAAUGCUGGGACUAUGUCUUGUUUACCCUGACAAAACAAAAAUACCAGGCACAUGUAAGCUCUUAAUAAAUUUGUUUGAAGAAUUUGUACAAUGGGUUAGGCUUUACAUGGUGAUUCUAACCGCCUACAACCCUUUCAGGCAAAGGCUCCUGAUUACUCAUCAGGAAAACAGGUAUAAAGAGGUUCAAUGUUGCCCUGGUUCACAGAAAUUAAUACAGGUCCUUCUCACUCCUCUAACACCCUGUGUUCUCAGUAAUAAUCUACUAUAAUCUACAAGCACCUUCUCUCAACUCCUUCACCACCCUCCCCAUUCUGAGACUACCUCCUCCCAUUUCUAGAAAAAGGACCACCUAACACUCCCUUAUCCCAACUCUUUAACUGCAAACUAUCAAAAGAAAAGUGACCUUAUGCAAUCCUUGCGGAGGACCUGCCAAAUGUAAGCCUAUGCCAGUUUUCAAGAAGAAACUGAACACCAGGCAGUCUGACCUUCCAUUUAUUUUUUUAAGCAGUUUGACUCCUUUUAGACACAUUCUUUAUUAUUAAAUAUAAAUUCCCUCAGAUGGUCAGGUUACUAUUCAUAAAACAAAUUUUACUCCCUCAUACAAAAUAAAAACCCUAGAGUAGAGGAAAUAAGUCUUGCCAUUCAAUCUACUACCACUUA